AUGGAACCCGCUGAUGGGUUGAAGAGAUGUGGUGCAUCAACCGACACCAUAAUUGAAGAAAUAAAGGCGCUCGCAAAGUCGAUGUUGGAAUCCACUGAAGCUAUCCGUCGAAGGUCCCGUAACGUGGAAAGUUGUAAGUCGUAUGAUGCUCUUUUAAGUGUCCUGGAGUCAACAGCGCCACUGACCAAACACCCUGCGAGGCAACAAAGGACUCAGGGCCACAAUGAUGUAAUUUGCGAGUUCCCCGUAACGCGAGGAGGUGGAAUUAGUGGUGGGGCUACUGCAAACAAUGCGAAACCCGGUAACUGCUACGCAAAAAAGGUUUCAGGUGACGCUGCCGAGUUUUGCGAAAGCGAAUUAGAUGAUACGGAAGCGGAGGUAACUUCUUGUUCUCCGGAAGCCUGUGGUGAAGACGGCCAUGAUUUAGGUGGAUUCUAUCCUAAUUCGAAGGCGCAGUUAUUCAGCGCUUGUACGAUGGGAGCAGACUUUUCGGCUGAUUCUGAUGAUAAUGUCUACGACGGUGUCAAAACUCAAGUUGUUUUUAAGGCUGUGGACCCCGCACUUUAUCAGGACAUAAGUGGCUGUACCUGGCAGCCUGAACCACUGCUUCUUCACUCCGAAACGGGGGAAGCUGUUGAGGAUAGUAGCGAGGAUAAAGAUGAGGACAAAGAAAGUGAUUACAUGGAUGAUGCAGCAGUUGUUGGUACGAAAAAAGUAUACCGUGUUCCUUCAUUUCCAUUUGGUGGCGGAAUUACUGAGGGUCAGGCUCGUUUCUUGAGCAAAACAUUUUCGGAGACAAUUCGUCGUGGUGGACUUUCAUCGUCUAAAAGACCAGCGCACGUCACCGUUAAAGACUUUGUCGGAUACAAAUACGAUGAGUGCGCAACGACGGAUGCUGAACGUUCGCGCUUCAAACCAGUAUCACCCUUUGAGUUUGUAGUGGAACUGGAGCGAGGAGUGAUGUUUGAUGCUGUUCGAGCUAGGGAGGAAAGAAGACAAGAAUUUCGACGUUUGGCUAAGGAAGGCAAGGCACCUGUGACCAUGGGGAGUUUCAACCUUCGUGUAAUCAUGGAUCCCAUAAAAACUGGAUUUGAAGAGGAGAAGACAUUUCCGAUUGAACGCGGUACAAUUGUGGCUGACCGUUACCAGAUAGUGGAGAUGUUGGGGAAAGCAACAUUUAGCCGUGCGGUGCGAUGCUAUGACCUUUCUCAACCCAUAUAUGAGGAUGACGUCAAAGUAGAGGAUAAGGAUAGGACCGCAACCACAGAUGCGCAAAACCGGUGUGUCGAUACCGAGAAUGGUGGUGUUUCAAACGAUGCAAAGAAAAGGAAAGUUGUUGGUUAUGUCGAAGUUUGCCUCAAAAUAAUCAACAACUCCAAGGACUUUUUUGAUCAGUCGCUGGAUGAAAUACGCUUGCUGACGCUAAUAAACAAAUACAAGGAUCCUGAUAAAGCCCAUGUCAUUCGGUUGAUUGACAGCUUUUACUACAAGGAACAUACGAUGUUGGUGACGGAAUUGCUAUCGGAUAACCUUUACGAAUAUUCCAAGUAUAAUCGCGAGGAAGAGGAAACAUUUUACUUUACCAUACCAAGGUUGCGCCGCAUUGCACGACAAAUCACAGAGGCCCUAACAUACGUUCACAGUUUAAGCUUGAUUCAUGCGGAUCUGAAGCCAGAAAAUAUUUUAUUUGUUUCCCACAGACGGUGCUUAAUAAAGGUGAUUGAUUUUGGAAGUAGUUGUUUUUUGAGCGAUCAUUUAAGCUCUUACAUCCAAAGCAGAAGUUACCGUGCUCCAGAAGUUAUCCUGGGAUGUGAUUAUGAUGGGAGGAUCGAUGUAUGGUCUCUUGGGGCAAUUUUGGCGGAGCUUGUGACAGGAGAAGUAUUGUUCACAUCUGAGACAGUGCCGGAAAUGCUUGCUCGUAUUGUUUAUGUCUGCGGCCGCCCGUUUCCCAGACGGAUGUUGUGGGAAGGUCGGCAUACUUCUAAAUUUAUAAAUAAAUUUGGCUGUAUCUACGAACAAGGUAAUAAGGACGGGGAUGAUCCCGGAGAAGAUUCUUCAUAUUACUAUUUGUACACGCCAGUGCCGCAGUCAUCGGGCAUCAAGAACCCAGAUGCCGAAGGUACAGAUGCGGAAAACAACGGUACCCGGGAUACGGAGAGUCUUAUCUCUGAAGAGCGCCCGUAUCGAGUUCUUAGGGAAAAAUUGGCUGCUCAUAACGUCACUGAUAGCGCCUUUAUAUCAUUUGUUGAGGCGUGUCUAACUCUUGAUCACAAGGCGCGUCCACGGAGCAAGGACCUUCUUUCUCACCCCUUUUUGGCGCAGGUUGAUUGA